UGUGAAUUUGGAACAUAACGUGAUUUAAAAAAUUACAAGAUUUCAAAGUACCUUAUGCUUUUGAUGUCAUAAACCGAUCGCUAUGUGCAGCGCCUGUAGCCUGUCAAUCACGUUGAAAUAAGCCCCGCCUAUAUAUUUGCUUAUCCAAUCAGACGAAAAGCAGCACUCCCACCUUCACGAGCUUGUCAAUCUUGAGUAAAUAAACCCUCCUACAGACAAGGCGGAGGACACGUCCACUCGGAGAGAUUUCUGCAGUUCUGCAUGUAAAAUAGUCUCGAAUGAGUUUUUCAUGUAAGUUUGCCUUUUAAAACAUCUUUGACAACGCUGUCUUGUGCUAAAGACAUAAAUAGACAUUGGUAAUGGCCUCUGAACGCGAGCAUGAUGAUCCAUUCCAGCGAGUUCUGCUUCAAAUCGGUGGGAAAAGUAACAUUCAUUUAGUAUGCGCGGUGAGCGGACCUGAAGGAGACACUGGCAUUUUUCAGGACUUUAUCGCUGAUAUGUUUAACAGCGGGGAGCAUGAUGAAAUCCACGACUGUAUUGGCAAUAGUAACGGCGAAAUCAAAAUCCAAACAAACGUCUGCAUUCCCGACCAAUCAGAACAAAGUUCGUCUAUUCCUGAUGAUCGACGCACCAAACCAGACCCACUCGAGAAUAAAAGCGUGAGUUCAAGCAGAAACGUCGGCGGCAAGCAGAGAGCCAUCCAAUGCUCCGUGAUCAUAUUCAUCUUCAGACACGAGUAUGUGUGUGAGAAGGAGAACGAGGUGUGUUUGAGGGAGAUCCUGAAGGACGUGAGAGCUCGCUUAAAGAGAAACGCGCUCCGCCCGGCUCUGCUGGGACUCGUCCACUCGGACAGCGAUCGAUCUGACAGCCGCGCGUCAGUGGAACUACUGGACCGAUCAAUGCGAUCAGUGUUUAUCAAUCACCCCCAACAGGCCAUAUGGACCGGCCGGUACGUCUCAAAGUGCCCGGAUUUGUUGCAGGAGAUCAGAUGGAGCACCUGCCGGGCUGUGAAGUCCUCAAUGUCUGCAGAAAGCGGCGCUGGCAGGAAGAGCGGCUUGUUCUGGCCCCUGAAAUGUUUCCCAGGACUGUUCAGGAAGCGGCACAGAGGACAGGCGGACCUCAACACCAACACAAAUCCAGAUCCGGCUGAAGAAGCAAUGGCCCUGCAGAUGAAGCCCUCGGCACAGUGACGCUCCGGGACAGGUCAAGCCUCACACUGCGCGCGCGUGUGUGUGUGUGUGUGUGUGCUCUACUCAAGUCAUGUACUCUUGCACUGUACCUCCCCGGUGGAGGAAUGAAGGAAACACACGAUACAAGAUGGAUAUCAGCGGGACAUCUCCCUGCUAUCUCUGAAGCGUAGAGAGGAGUUUAUUAGCAUUAAAUCAUCUAUCGGGACAAUUGCUGAACACUGUGAAUGACUAAUGUAUUAAUUGAUGUUAUUAUAAAUAAUCAAAACACUUUAUUGAAUCUUAAUCAGGAAGUUUUGCACUAUUCCCUCAUGUGAUUCUGAACUAACCAAAGGAAAUUAAUUGCUCUGGUCAUAAACCAUAAUGUUGAAUACAUGAAUAAAGUCACCAUGAAAUCAAAAUGGACAAA